AUGGAAGACCUAGUACCUCUUGAGAGUUCUGGCAGGAAGAGAGACAGACAGCCAAUUUCUGUUCCAUUUGUUUGGGAAGAAAAACCUGGGACACCCAAGAAAGAUUGGAAACCAAGCCCUCGACCGAUUAAACCCGUCGCGCUGCCAGUCAAGCUUGUUGCAUCUAUUCCCUUUGGAUGGGAAGAGAAGCCCGGAAAACCACUUCCAUGUUUCUCACAGUCACUGCCGGAAUCAGAACCUGCAUUGCAACAGACAAUGAGCAUCGGCUUCACAUCACCUCCCAGGUUCUCCGACAGUCAAGAUGAAGAAUGGAGUGAGGGAGACAUUGAAGAUAACAGAGAAGGAGAUGAUACGCUGGAUUCAGAGAUUGACACGUGCAGUUUCAUAACGGGCAAUUCCUUCAGCUCCGCUCCAUCUCUCCUAGCCAAUGGCCUUAUAUCUAGCACAGCACUCUCCAAUUCAGUUCCCAAGCAGCAAAAUCUACUUACACCAACAACAAUCAAUGAUGGGCAAGUCCAAACUCCUUGUUCACCAGAAACAGACAGCAGUGCAAGCAACUCUGCAACAGUAACCACAAGCUUGGUUGGAGCUUCGUUCUUGGAGUGGCUCUUUCCUCUUCUAGCACCUCAGUCGAGUUUCCUUGACAACGGUGAAUGUUUAGAGAAGGACACUUCUCCCACAGAAGAUGUACAAAACAUAGAUUUGCUACGUGAGAGCAACGGAAGUCUUGUAAGAAGACCACUGCUGACGCUUGGAGAGAUGAUAAUGAUGAGCCGAAGAAUGAGUUACAAGAGAAAAGCAAAUAAAAUUCAUAAACAGCCAUCCAUGGAUCUUAUUAAGGGGAAUGCAUUGGGUUGCUGCAUCUUUGGACCUGGCAACGGCAUCAGUGGAUUGCACAGGAAGUGGAAGAGGCAGCUGCAACUAAAACUGAUGUAG